UAGGAUGCAGCAGCUGGCCAUGAAGGUCCUUUGUUCCACUUGGAUGCUUCUAGCGGUGGUUUCCUCUGUGUAUUCCCAGUCAGAUUGUUCUCAAGCUCAGUCAUGUGACCAGUGCGUUGGAGACAUAUUUUUCAACCUGACAAACUGCGUUUGGAGGCUUUGUCCAAAUGAUAACGACACAGGCAUGUGUAUGACUGAUCAGGGCGAUACAGCGGACACCGGCUUGGGCUGCAGCUGGACCAGAAUUUCUCAACUGUGCCCACUUGUCGAGACUGUUGCCGUUGUCGGAGAUGGCAAAGGUGACUCAGGUGACGGACAGAAUUCACCCCCCCAGUUCUCCCAGGCCAAGUUCAGCAUGCCCAGCUUCGUGGGAGGCAUCGUGCUUGUGCUGGUUGUGCAGGCGGGCGUCCUCACCGCCAUGCGUUUCCUGAAAUCCAAAGAGAAGACCAACUAUGACCCCAUAGAGUAGCCAGACUUGAAGACAAGAUACGUGAAGGACAAACUGACGAGGC